CUCGCGGCGGCGACAGCAGCAGCAGCGCGGGCAGCAGCAGCGCGGGUUGAAGGCGCCGCGGUGGGAACGGCUGCGGCUAGCGCCGCUCCUCCUCCCUUCUCCUCCGCGCAGUUUUGCGCGGCCGUUCAAGUCCGACGCCCGACUUUCAUCCUCCUCCUACUCCUGCUUCCGCGGCGCGCACUGCGGAUCUCGCAACAGGGGAGAAAGAGGGACGUUUUGCCGCUGCGAUCCGAUCCUCCUGUUUUGUUUUUUAAUAUUUUAUUUUCUUAAUUAUUAUUUUUCUCCCCCUUCUUCAGUCCCUGCUCUGCACCGGGCUCUUUGCCGGCGAGAAGGACAAGAGUGCCCCCAGAGAAGCGGGAGCCCUGCGGAUGCGUCUCCCCGGGACUGGGGGCGCUGACUCUCGGAGUGGAUUUAUUGACUCGCGGUUGCUUCCGAGCUCCCCGAAACAGCCCGGGCUGGUGCCUGUGCGGAUUGCAAACUGCAGGGAGCAGUGAGAGAGACACAAGGAGGAACCUCCUGGCGAAGCUGUGCCCCUUUUCCCCGAACCCUUUAUUUUUCUCACCAGCAUUUAUUUUCUUUUUACCUUUUUUCUACUCGAGUCUUAGACACUGUGAACGUGUAUGGCGCACUGGAUCCAAAUGGGAGUUGGCAGUUCAAGUGGCAUCUGCCAAGGCAGCCGGGAGGCCCCCAGUAAGAGGAACGACUGAGGCGUUUGCAUCUUUUUGUUAUUGCUGUUGUUACUUCGGAGGUGGCUUGGUUCUUACCUCGCAGGAGAAUUUCCUACAUGCGAGUGGCAUACAUGACUCAGUAGAUCUGCUUGCAUCUCUCGCCAAGUGUAUCGUCGACCUUUCGCGUGUUGUUUUUUAUUUUUUUAUUCUUUCUUUCUGAUCAAUCGUCCCGGCUGUUGGGAUACCGGGCACCCCACCCUGCUGUUGCUGCUCAGGUGCGGGGAAGCCGCACGGCGGAGUUGGCGAGGCUCCGGGGAGGGACUCGGUGCCGCCUGCGACCAUGGCAGCGCGGAGGCAAGACGCCUCCGCCUGGAAGUACUGUUGGGGAGUCGUGAUGGUUUUAUGCAGAACUGCACUGGCCAGGUCCAUCGUUUUAGACCCCAUAUAUUGGAAUUCCUCCAACCCCAAAUUCCUUCCUGGACAAGGAUUGGUACUAUAUCCACAGAUAGGAGACAAACUGGAUAUUAUAUGCCCAAAGGUGGACUCUAAAACUGUUGGCCAGUAUGAAUAUUAUAAGGUCUACAUGGUUGAUAAAGACCAAGCAGAUAGCUGUGCUAUUAAAAAGGACAAUACACCUCUACUCAACUGUGCCAAGCCGGAUCAAGAUGUUAAGUUUACUAUCAAGUUUCAAGAGUUCAGUCCUAAUCUCUGGGGCCUGGAAUUUCAGAAGAACAAAGACUAUUAUGUCAUAUCAACAUCAAAUGGGUCUUUGGAGGGCCUGGAUAACCAGGAGGGAGGGGUGUGCCAGACAAAAACCAUGAAGAUCCUCAUGAAAGUUGGACAAGAUCCCAACUCGGCAGGGCCACCCCGGCACACGGAUCCCACCAAGCGCCCCGAGCAGGAAGCUGGCACCAACGGGAAGAGUUCCACCACCAGCCCCUUCGUGAAGGACCAUUCAGGAUCUAGCACAGAUGGCAGUAAGGCUGGGCAUUCCAGUAUACUGGGUUCAGAGGUGGCCUUAUUUGCAGGGAUUGCAUCAGGGUGCAUUAUUUUCAUCGUCAUCAUCAUCACUUUGGUGGUUCUUUUGUUGAAGUACCGGAGAAGACACAGGAAGCAUUCCCCGCAACACACCACAACUCUCUCACUUAGUACAUUAGCCACCCCAAAACGCAGUGGCAACAACAAUGGUUCUGAGCCCAGUGACAUUAUCAUUCCUCUAAGGACUGCAGACAGUGUCUUUUGCCCCCACUAUGAAAAGGUCAGUGGCGACUAUGGACAUCCGGUGUACAUAGUUCAAGAGAUGCCUCCUCAGAGCCCAGCAAACAUUUAUUACAAGGUCUGAGAAACACACAGCCAACUCUGUGGUACAGUUGAGUCGUAGAGGAAACUCACUGGUCAAACGCUUUCUGUUGGAGUUUGUGAUGACGCCUUGUGCACAAGCAUUGACUCAAGCACAGGGGGGAAGAAGGCGACAGCUCUUUCGCCGGGAGCCAACGUGAGCUGGACAGCUUACCUAGUCUGUAGAAUUCCUAUCUCAGUGAAUAAGUAUUCACUAAAAGCUGGAAGACUUUUACAUAGAAGACGCCCAUUCUGAUUGCUGUACUUUUGUUACAUUCAUCAUCCUCAAAGCCAUGUGCUGCAGGCGUUCAGGCAUGUACAAAAGCCAAGGGAAGAUGGAGUGAUCCAUGGAUGUUAAUAGCUUUAGGCAUCCUAGGAAAGUGCUCUAGGAUAUAUCAAGCUUGAAAUGCAAUCUUCUGACUUUCGUGUGUCUCUCUCAGUGUGUACUGGAUUUGUCACACAGACCUUGGUGUCUAAGUAAGACUUGUUAAAGUUCUCUUGCUUUUAGUCCAUCACUGUUCCAUUUGUUUCUGUUAUCCGAGGCUCGGCCAUCCUUCACAUAAGAUUUCCUUUCACUCCACCUUCUGAAUCACUAAUGGAACAUUAAUGUUUGGAGAUCCACGCUCCAUCCAUCUGCUACAGCAGCCUCACUUGAAUGGGUAGUGCAUUUAUAGAAAUUGUGUUUGAUAGUAAGGAGCCUUCCAGCCAAAAAGUUAGGAUGACAACAAAGUCAAGAGCAGGACUGGGUGGUGGACUGAAGGGCUGACUGCAGUUGCAAUUGAAUACUACUGCCUCAAAAAUAGAAGCUGGGAAGAAAAAAAGAAAAAAGAAAAAAAAAGACAUUUAGGUAGCACAGCACUUUGGUAUGCUAAAUUUGAAGAGGCAGAUAGGAGACACAGUAACACACGCAGUGGAUUAGGGCUGCAUUUGAAGGAAUUCGUGGUUAUCCAAUACCAGUGUGCAGGAACAAAAUAGUAUCUUCAAUACAGUAGAACAAAGGGGUAUUGUUAGUAAGUGAAGAAGCUUAGAGAGGACAAAACAAUAGCAGGCCACUGAGGAUAUAUUAGGGCAGGGCUGUUGUGGUACUGGCAAUAAAAUACACAGCUUUAAAGCUGUAGAGAAAAUGUAGUCUGCUUUGGAUGAUUUUUAAGCAGACUCAGCUGCUAUACUAUCACAUUAUACUCAGCACAGGGAAAGCAUUUAAGAAUACAGCAGAAAGCCAAAUCUGACCAAGAUGAUUAUAAGCCAAUGGGUCAAAUGAGCUGUCAUUCUACCACUGGUAGAGUUGUGGGGGAAAAAAAUACACAACCAAACACUUUCUCAUCUCUAAAAAUAAGCCAGAAUUUCUUUCUCACUGAGCCUUUUGACACUUUGGUUUUUGUAGUGCUGUCCCUGCACAGCGAGUGUAGGUACUGUGACUGACACAGCAGUUCAUUGGUGCUCUGUUGCAAAGUUAAAGCACAUAUGGCAAACCUCUUGCAGUCUGUAAGAAUAAAAUAAAUUAUGACACUGAGAUGGAGAAGGAAACUAUGUCUUAUUUAUAAUAGAUAUAUAGAACACAAGGGAUAUAAAGUGAGAGAUUUUCUUUCAUUCGUUCGUCCUUUUUGUUUUGGUUUGCCUUUUUUACUAAUAUAUACUUUGAGAUUGCACAGAAUCUACACCAGAAGAUGUGAAAUUUGUUUGCGGCAAUUAAAUAGUCUUAACUUGUCAUCAUUUCACAUAUAUAUAUGUGGAUGUGUGUAUGUAUGUAUAUGCACACAUAUAUAUGUUUAUAUAUGCAUAUAUAUGCGUUUAAAAAAACCACAGCUGCUUCUGGGUAAAACAUCAAACAUCAAAUAAUGAGAGUGUAUUAAAAAAAAUAAAAUCCAAAGCAUCUAAUAAGAGAAAACUAGUGAAGAUAAGGACCAGAAUAUCAGGUAAUCAAUGUUACAGCAUCACGUAUUUAACAAUGCCAAGAUGUGCCGGCAUUUAUUUUCUGUGUUGUGUUUUCCCUUGCCUUAUGGGCUAAUGUGUUCUGUAGAUUUCAUUGAGGUUCGUAAAGGGGCUUUUCAGGUUAAAGUUUUCUCUUUAGCGUGGCUGUUCCCCUAAAGCUCCCACCCUGGGGAGGAAAUAAAAAACCUCUACUUUUAUAUGUGCUAUGCAAAUAGACAUUUCUAACGUAGUCAUGUUACUAUGGUAACACUUUGCUUUCUGAUUUGGAAAGAAAAUGUAGCAACAGCAUUUUGGGGUUCUCAGACCUUCAGUGAGCACCUGAAAAAAAAAAAAUUAAAAAAAAAAAAUCUGUCAUAGAAAUGAUCACUCUCUGUUUCCUGAACCUGAAAAUGAUGCUGGGAUGUUGGUCCAAAAGAGAGAAACAAAACAAAAAAUCCCAACCCAUGGUUCUGUGGAAGGUUACCAUGGUGACUAACUACAGUACAUAUGUAAUUCUUUUCAACAACCCUUCCUUUCUGUGAAUCCAUCCAUACAAGGUUCUCUUGUAAGUCAUUAAGAUUUUAUUUGGGGGGAGGAAGGGACAUGAUGGGUUUACUGAUACUGAUUUUUAUUAAAUGAGAUCUGUUUCAUCAGUUUGCUACAUUCUAGUUAUGUACUAAACUGUGAAGAAAAAAAAAAUCAGACUAAUUGCUCAAGAGCAACCUGCAACCAAUUGAAAAAAAAAAAUGUACUGUGCGUCUGUUUUGUGUCUGGUGCAGAAUUAUGACAAUCUACCAACUGUUCCUUUAUUUGACGUUGGUCCAGCUUUGAAAAGUUACUGUAAAUGCCUUGCUUGUAUGAUCAUCCCCAGUCACCCAACUUGGAAUUUGCACCAUCAUGUCUAAGUGAAGAUGCUGUAUAUAGGUUCAGAUUUACUGUAUAUGGAUUUGGGGUGUUACAGUAGCCUUAUUCACCUUUUUAAAUAAUAAUUAAACCCACAUGAAACAAGACAAAAAUGGCUUUUCUUAACCAGAUUCUGUAUAUAGAGCAAUGUUGGUUUUUUAUAAAGUCCGAGUAAGAUGUUUUGUAUAAAAUUUGAAUUUUGCAAUGUAUUUAGCUACAGCUUGUUUAAAGGCAGUGUCAUUCCCCUUUGCACUGUAUUGAGGAAAAAAAUGGUAUAAAACGUUGCCAAAUUGCCGCAUAUUUGUGCUGAAAUUGUGUACCAUGAAUAUUUAUUUAAGAAUUUCUUUGUCCAGUUUGUAAGUAACACAGUAUUAUGCUUGAGUUAUAAAUAAUUUCUUCUUUAAUUCUUUUUGUUUUGUUUUUGUUUCUUUGUUUUGUUCUGUUUUAAAACUAGCUGGUCAUAAGUUUGAAAUCUGCUUUAGUUCCACAUUACAAUUAGUUCCCAGAAAAUGAAAAUUAUGAAGAUCACAUUCCACGUCUGUUUCAAACUGAAUUUGUUCUUAAAAAAAUAAAAUAUUUUUUUCCUAUGGAAA